GCGCACAGCGCCGGGCGACGUGGCCGGCCGGAAGUGGCCCGUGCGGAACCUCCGGAGGACCGCCGUCGUCAGUCGGUCUAUCCUGCGCUAGGUGCUGGUUCGCGCCCCCGCCGGCACCACCAUGCUGAAGAAAUUUGACAAGAAGGACGAGGAAUCGGGCGGAGGCUCCAACCCAUUCCAGCACCUUGAGAAGAGCGCCGUGCUCCAGGAGGCCCGCGUGUUUAACGAAACUCCUAUCAAUCCUCGGAAAUGUGCCCACAUCCUCACCAAGAUCCUCUAUCUCAUAAACCAGGGGGAGCACCUGGGGACCACAGAAGCAACCGAGGCCUUCUUUGCCAUGACUAAACUCUUUCAGUCCAACGAUCCCACCCUCCGUCGGAUGUGCUACUUGACCAUCAAGGAGAUGUCCUGCAUCGCAGAGGAUGUCAUCAUCGUGACCAGCAGCUUGACGAAGGACAUGACCGGGAAGGAAGACAGCUACCGGGGCCCGGCCGUGCGCGCCCUCUGCCAGAUCACCGACAGCACCAUGCUGCAGGCUAUCGAGCGCUACAUGAAGCAGGCCAUCGUGGACAAGGUGCCCAGCGUCUCCAGCUCUGCGCUGGUGUCUUCCCUGCACCUGCUCAAGUGCAGCUUCGACGUGGUCAAGCGCUGGGUGAAUGAGGCCCAGGAGGCGGCGUCCAGUGAUAACAUCAUGGUGCAGUACCACGCGCUGGGGCUCCUGUACCACGUGCGGAAGAACGACCGCCUGGCUGUCAGCAAGAUGAUCAGCAAGUUCACGCGGCACGGCCUCAAGUCCCCCUUCGCCUACUGCAUGAUGAUCCGCGUGGCCAGCCGGCAGCUGGAGGAGGAGGACGGCAGCCGCGACAGCCCGCUGUUCGACUUCAUCGAGAGCUGCCUGCGCAACAAGCACGAGAUGGUGGUGUACGAAGCCGCCUCGGCCAUCGUCAACCUGCCGGGGUGCAGUGCCAAGGAGCUGGCCCCGGCCGUGUCAGUGCUCCAGCUCUUCUGCAGCUCCCCCAAGGCUGCGCUCCGUUAUGCCGCCGUCCGCACCCUCAACAAGGUGGCCAUGAAGCAUCCAUCUGCGGUGACAGCUUGUAACCUGGACCUGGAGAACCUGGUUACAGACUCGAACCGCAGCAUUGCCACGCUGGCCAUCACCACCCUCCUCAAGACGGGCAGCGAGGGCAGCAUCGACCGCCUCAUGAAGCAGAUCUCCUCUUUCAUGUCGGAGAUCUCGGACGAGUUCAAGGUGGUGGUGGUCCAGGCCAUCAGCGCACUGUGUCAGAAGUACCCUCGCAAGCACGCCGUGCUCAUGAACUUCCUGUUCUCCAUGCUGCGUGAGGAGGGCGGCUUUGAGUACAAGCGGGCCAUCGUGGACUGCAUCAUCUGCAUCAUCGAGGAGAACGCGGAGAGCAAGGAGACGGGGCUGUCGCACCUGUGCGAGUUCAUUGAGGACUGCGAGUUCACCGUGCUGGCCACACGCAUCCUGCACCUCCUGGGCCAGGAGGGGCCCAAGACCAACAACCCCUCCAAGUACAUCCGCUUCAUCUACAACCGGGUGGUCCUGGAGCACGAGGAGGUCCGGGCAGGCGCCGUCAGUGCUCUGGCCAAGUUCGGCGCGCAGAAUGAAGAGAUGCUGCCGAGUAUCUUGGUGUUGCUGAAGAGGUGUGUGAUGGACGAUGACAACGAAGUGAGGGACCGAGCCACCUUCUAUCUCAGUGUCCUGGCGCAGAAGCAGAAGGCCCUCAACGCAGGCUACAUCCUCAACGGUCUGACCGUGUCCAUCCCUGGUCUGGAGAGGGCUCUGCAGCAGUAUACUCUAGAACCAUCGGAAAAGCCUUUUGACCUCAAGUCUGUGCCCCUGGCCACCACACCCAUGGCAGAGCAGAGAACAGAAAGCACCCCCAUCACAGCAGCCAAGCAGCCUGAGAAGGUGGCAGCCACCCGGCAGGAGAUCUUCCAAGAGCAGCUGGCGGCAGUGCCGGAGCUCCAGGGGCUGGGGCCCCUCUUCAAGUCCUCGCCUGAGCCCGUGGCCCUCACCGAGUCGGAGACGGAGUACGUGAUCCGCUGCACCAAACACACCUUCCCUGAGCACAUGGUCUUCCAGUUUGACUGCACAAACACGCUCAACGACCAGACCCUGGAGAACGUCACCGUGCAGAUGGAGCCCACGGAGGCCUACGAGGUGCUGUGUUACGUGCCCGCCCGGAGCCUGCCCUACAACCAGCCCGGGACCUGCUACACGCUGGUGGCCCUGCCCAAGGAAGACCCCACGGCGGUGGGCUGCACGUUCAGCUGCGUGAUGAAGUUCACCGUCAAGGACUGCGAUCCCACCACCGGGGAGACCGACGACGAAGGCUAUGAGGAUGAGUAUGUGCUGGAAGAUCUGGAAGUCACGGUAGCUGAUCACAUCCAAAAGGUCAUGAAGCUGAACUUUGAAGCAGCCUGGGAUGAGGUAGGGGAUGAGUUUGAGAAGGAGGAAACAUUCACCUUGUCCACCAUCAAGACACUUGAAGAGGCUGUGGGCAAUAUUGUGAAGUUCUUAGGAAUGCACCCUUGUGAGAGGUCAGACAAAGUGCCGGAUAACAAGAACACGCACACGCUGCUCCUGGCAGGCGUAUUCCGGGGGGGUCACGACAUCCUGGUGCGCUCCCGGCUGCUGCUUUUGGACACAGUAACAAUGCAGGUGACAGCCAGAAGUUCAGAGGAGCUGCCAGUGGACAUCAUCUUGGCGUCUGUGGGCUAGGAGGCCAGCCUGCAUAGGAUCACAUCCUACCCUUUCCCCCCCAACACUGUGCAGAAGUCAGGCCUGCCUUAUGAACCCAGUGGAAACUCCUUUCCAAGCCAAUUGUAUUCAAAAACAAUUAGGAAUCAAUGAGGUUUUUUGUUUUUUUUUUUUAAUUUAACCCCUGCCCCAAAACUCCCUGCUGAGGGUAACUUUUGAAAGAGGGGGAUGAUUUUAGCUUGUCAUAGAACUUGCUGCCUUGCCUGCCAGGGAAGGGACAUCUCAAAUGAAUAAAGUGCUUGCACCACCUCUUGAGUUGAUCCCCUAAGGAACCAUCUUAUCCCUAUAAAUAAAUCAGCAUGUAUUUAUUGAA